AUGAUCAACAAUUGUACACUUCAACCCAAUUUACCAUAUUUUGUUACUAUGCUGGAUUUGACUUCCACGAACUUGGGAAACAACCGACGAAAUAACCAUCAAAUGCUCUUUAACUUCCAGAAUAAUGGCAAAGCAAUCGGGACUGCGAUAAAGCAAUGUAUCGAAGAAGGACUGGUGAAGCGUGAAGAUCUUUUCAUUACCACCAAACUCUGGGUGGUGGACUGGAAGAAAGAGAACGUUGAGAAGGCUAUUCGGCAAUGUCUUUCGGACCUUCAGACCGACUACAUUGAUCUCUACCUCAUUCACUGGCCAGGUGCAUGCAAUCUGCCCGAAGACGAAGAAAAGAAACGUCAAGAGGGAUAUUUCUUUGACUACAAUGGUACUCAGCCCGAUGAACCGGGUCGUCGUUUGGGUUAUCAGAUUGAGAAUUUGAAAGAAACCUGGGGUGCAAUGGAGAAACUGAAAGAAAGCGGACUAGCUCGUUCCAUUGGUGUGUCGAACUUCACAACGAAGAAACUGAAGGAUUUGCUCUCCUUCUGCACGAUCAAGCCUGCCAUGAAUCAAGUCGAACUCCACCCCUAUUUACAGCAAUGGGAGCUGAAAGAAUUCUGUGAUUCACAGGGCAUCUUCCUGACCGCGUAUUAUCCACUCGGCGGAUCCGCGAAUGCUACAGGCCAGCGAGAAGAACCGCUCAUGAAACAUCCCAUUCUCCGAACGAUCGCAGAGAAAUACGACAAGUCGACAGCGCAGGUGAUGAUUCGCUGGGCGAUUCAGAGAGGCACGGUGUGCAUUCCAAAGUCCUCGUCGCCUGAGCGAAUCGUGCAGAACUGCGACGUGUUCGAUUUCGAAUUGACGGAGGAGGAGAUGAGAGAGAUUCGAGCGAUGGAUCGGCAUCAUCGAUUCUGCAAUGGCGCUUUCCUGCUCCCAGCACCCUUCACAUGGAAGGAUCUGUGGGAUGGAGAGAACGUGGCGUUGCGUGUUUGUUGA